UGGUAUAUAUUAUCUACGAUCGAGGAUUUUUGAUAGAAUAAUUGUUUUACAGCUAUUCGAUUUCGAUCUUGAAGUACAGCCAAUUGUCGAAGUAAUCAUUGGUAAGACUAUUAAGCAAGCUUUGAUCGAGGUCUUAGAGGAAGAAGAAGUGGCAGCUUUACGAGAACAACAAAGAAGAUUCCGAGAAUUACGAGCUGCUGAGAAAGCCGAAGCAAACAGAUUGAAAGAAGAAGAGAGAAGACUUCGAGAGGAAAAAUUGCAUACUGCACGAUGUUAGCAGCUUCGCAAUCUGAAUCGGAAAGGUAAAAAAUACGUAAUAAGAUGAAUGACGAGCCAGUACUUGCAAAAAUCUUAAAACAAUUAGAUACAGGAAAAGGUGAUGACGAUGCGGAUGAAACAAUGGAAGUUAGAGCACAGCGUAAGAGAAGAGAAGAAAAUGAAGACACUGGAGGUCCUGGAGGUCAAGUCCAAGGAAUCAGAAAUUUAAUAGACUUGGAAGAUUUAAUAUUUGCACAAGGAAGUCAUUUUAUGGCAAACAAGCGUUGUCAAUUGCCUGAUGGAAGUUUUAGGAAACAAAGAAAAGGAUAUGAAGAAGUUCAUGUACUUGCUUUAAAACCCAAACCAUUUGCCGAAAGUGAGAAACUUCUGCCGAUCGAAGAUUUACCAAAAUACGUUCAACCUGCUUUUGAGGGUUUUAAGAUAUUGAACAGAAUUCAAAGUCGUUUAUAUCAAAGUAUAUUGGAAAGUGAUGAAAAUUUAUUAUUAUGUGCACCUACUGGUGCUGGUAAGACAAACGUUGCUCUACUUUGUAUGAUGCGUGAAAUUGGCAAACACAUUAAUGCAGACGGCACGAUCAAUGCGGACGAAUUUAAAAUAAUUUAUGUUGCACCAAUGAGUUCUCUCGUACAAGAAAUGGUUGGUAAUUUUGAAAAAAGAUUGUCAACUUACAAUUUAACUGUUUCGGAAUUGACCGGAGAUCAUCAACUGACUAGAGAACAAAUAGCUGCGACUCAAGUAAUUGUUUGCACACCAGAAAAGUGGGACAUCAUAACGCGUAAAGAUGGUGAAAAGACAUUCACCUCAUUAGUAAGAUUAAUUAAUUAAUUAAUUAAUUUUCAAUAUUUCGAUCCAAAAAUUUGGUCAUAUAUUCAUUACAUAUCCACAAAUAUCUCCUUAAAAAAUGAAAACAUUCCAUGGAAUAGUUUUCUUUAAAAAAAAUUCCGAAAAAUCAUCUAUUUUUCAAGCGGUCACACAGUGGUGUUCCUUAACUGUUUCAAAGAAAACGAGAAAAGAAGUUUUCACCUGUAUUCUUAUAUACCAGUUCACAGAAUAUGUAAUUCAGUAGCAGUGCGAACAUGUUUAAACGAUAUCCCAUAAAACUACAUUCGAUAUUGGCUAACUCGAAUUACUAAGCGUCAUCGAUGAAAUGAUUGUUCGCGAGGUGAAACUUAACCUAUAUAAUAUAAUAUAACACGCACGAUGCUAAUGCGCAAAUUGGAUCGUAAAACGUGAAUUUUCUACCAGAGUAAAAUGAAACGUUAAACCAUUACGCAGCUACUUGUUUCAACCUAUACAAUUUUGUAUCAUUAAAAUGCAACUUUAGUUUGUAUCGUAUAUUUGACUACAGCACGCAUAUCGUGUUGUUCCUGUAUUUCUAUGUGAACGAUGUUGAAUAA